AUGCGGUUUGAAAUUCAGUUCGAGCUCAAGCACGUGGGAGACUAUCAGGUCGAGAGCUUCUUGACAGUCAUCUGCAAGCACGACAGAUCUGUCAUCUAUGAGGUGUCCAACACCACCGCCUGGCUCACUGUGCUUGAGAUGCCUCCCGGUCAGCGACUGCCUCAAGUCUACCUCCUUUCGGUUCCCAAGAGCGGCAAUACGUGGCUGCGAUACAUCUUGGAGAACAUUACAGAGUCGCCAUCAGUCGGAGACAGGCCGGUGCUCGCAGCGUCAGGGAUCAAAGACCCUUACAAGUAUCCAGCCUUCCUGGUGAAGAAGCACAGGAUCGACCUCUCUCAGGUCGUUGCAGGAGAAAAAGUCAUCCUCAUCAUCCGAAAUCCCAUCGAAUCUGUUCUGAGGCACAUUCGUCACUUCUCUUACAACGCCAUGGGACUAAGCGAGGUGAUUGAAAAUAUCAUAAUCAACUGGAAGGCUUACCAAGACUUUCCUGGGCCAAAGUUGUUAAUCAAGUAUGAAGAGCUGAUAGAGAAAAGUUCUUCAUCGUGUCAAAAUCUUCUUGGCAGAAUAUUUGACUUCAUCGAUAACGGGGACUAUUCGACCAGAAUACAACAGUUCUGUGACGAGCUCGGAAUUCACAAGGAGAAGUCCCGAAGACAUUACACGAAGGUACUAGGCCUCAUCAUCCACAACAUCAGCGACGGGCUUCAUCAUGAACGAGUGCUGCGGGAGAAAGAUCCAGCGCUGCUUCAAGUGGCUUUAGAAGAGGUAGAGGAGCAACCGAUCCUCAAGGAAAUCUACACCUUACACUACCUUCAGAAAUAA